AAUAAUUCCAUUGGCUGAGGCCAGUAACCACAAACAAAUAAAUGUCGUCAUAUCAGUAUACGGAAGUACAGACGAUCUAAACAACAAGAUGGCAUCGCACCCGGGAGGAGGCGAUCAAGGAAAUGCCAAAGAUCAGAUACUGGAAGUAGGAACUGUUUUGUUAAGAGACUUCAUCUAUGAACGGGUUCAGCGUCAUGGUGACAGCAAUACUAAAGUCACCAGGGCACAGCUGGGUGGAGGAGAGCUGUUGGACCCCAGCCAUAAGAAGCUUGCACAGUGCCUGCAGCAGAUCGGAGAUGAGUUGGAUGGAAAUAUGGAGCUCCAAAGGAUGAUAGACGACUCUUCGCUCAGUCCCUCAAAAGACGUCUUCUUGAGAGUUGCCAUCGAGAUCUUUUCAGAUGGGAAAUUCAACUGGGGAAGGGUGGUUGCACUCUUCUACUUUGCCUGUCGACUCGUCAUCAAGGCUCUUGUAACCCAAGUUCCUGAAAUCAUCCGAACCAUUAUCGGCUGGACCAUGGACUACCUCCGCGAACAUGUGAUCAACUGGAUCAGGGAGCAAGGUGGCUGGGAGGGCAUUCGUUCAUACUUUGGCACUCCCACAUGGCAGACGGUGGGGGUUUUCUUGGCGGGUGUGCUCACCACUGUUAUAGUCAUUCGCAAGAUGUGAGAGCCGCGCGGAGUGCAGGCGGGAGGAAAAUGCUCAGAGCGACGACAGGGGCACGGGAACGAAAACAGGAUGGAACACCGGAGGAACAACUGAUGGAAGCUGCAGCAGAGGGAAACGAGUUGAUCAGGAAGAACUUGUAUUUGAAGAACCGCUCUUCGUUUCUGCCUCCCAUUUAAGUGUAAGGAUUAGGAGUUGGACUGAUCUGAUGGACUGAUGAUCCUUAUGCCACCGAGGAAGAGAACCGUGCAUGAUUAGAUGCAUUGGGCAGAGCGUAGAGAAUAGGAAGACAGAGGUGUUGUCAGACUUUGAGCAGCGAAUGCAUUUUAAGUAAUUUAUUUUUUACUUGGUACAGACAAAAUAAGUCACUGCAUUCUGUUUUUUCUUUCUGCCCUUGAGUAUGUAUUGACAAGCAUUUUCAUUAAGGGUUCUCUUUCUGUUAUUUUAGUCCAUGUAAGUUGUUUUUCUGAUCUUCCAAAGCUUUCUCUUCACUAUAUCUAUUUCACCAUGGUGUCUGUAUGCUAGCGCAUCCAUAUUCAUAUGUAUUUGUGAGUUAUUCGCUGGUGUAAAUCUGUUAGGAUUGGCUGGCAAUGAAUGUGUUAGAUGGAGGUCACGUCCCAUCACUUCAAAGAUGUUUCCUCUCACGAAGAAUCUGCUCUUUCGUGAGAGUCCUCCUCUUUCUUCCUGUGGACGCACAGCUCAAAGGUGUUUUAACGGGUUAACAAAAGCGCUGCACCAUGGACUAGUGUAAAAAGCUGUGUGUAACACGAAUUACCACAUGGUCACAACGUCACACAAUCUCAGCCAAACCACAAUAAACUGAACACCACCUGUGUAACAUUCAAUUAUACGCUGUUAGGGGGUAUUUUGACCAGCAUUGGGACCUUAAUGCGACUCCCAGUAACGAUAAAGUCUGCCUGUUAAUUUUGUGCGCAUCGGUGAAAGGUGCUGCGUGUUAUGAACUGGCAUUUCCCUCCAUCUACGGAAGGAGCUUGCAGAUGCAGACUGCACCUGAUCGCUCACAGAUGCUUACCUCACUUUACACAUAAACACAGUACUGUAUUUUUACGUGGGUUAUUCGAGCCGUGACCUUAGCGAAACCUUUUUAUACAUUUUCCUUGUUUGUCAGUGCCUUGGUGUUCUUUUUUUUUUUUUGUAAUUAUUAUAUGCCACUUUGAUAUUCUCUAAUUUUCACCUUUUCUAUUAUAUUUGUAAAGAAACAUUUGUGUAAAGUUUUCCCUCAAGAUCUUUUUGCAGUGACCUUGUAUGUUGUAAUAUGGAAAAUAAAUCUUACAUGAGACUGAAUGACUGCAUAAUAAAUCGAAUUUGAGUCAUUUCA